GGAGGGGAAGGCUCGUUUGCCUAGAACCAACGUCACUUGGGGAACUUGGAAGGAACUGUGCAGCUGAGCAGGCAACAACUGCACCUUUUUAUCAUUGAACCGCUCCUUCCCAUUAAGUCUGCAUCUCGAGCAGUUGAUAUAAACCUCCAAAACAUCCCCGUCGUCUCUUCAUCCUCGGAUCUAUUCCUCUAUCAUCCACAAACGACCAUUUCCCGUCUUUCAACUUUCAACUCUACAUCGCCACCACUUACACAAACUCCACCCCCAAUCGUCAACAUGGCCGACACCAACCCCGGAAACUUUGCCAACCGUCCCACUGAGGAGGUUCGCGAGAUCGCUGCCAAGGGCGGUCAUGCCAGCCACGGCGGCGGUGGCAUCCCGCAGGAAGUACCGAGCGGCAACACAAACCCGGGUAACUUUGCGAACCGACCCACGGAGGAGGUUCGUGAGAUUGCGGCCAAGGGAGGUCACGCCAGCCACGGCGGCGGAAUCGAGGCCGAGACCCACUCGGGCACCGGCAACACCAACCCCGGCAACUUUGCCAACCGACCCAAAGAAGAGGUUCAAGAGAUCGCAGCCAAGGGCAGGCAUGCAAGCCACACGGGCGGCUUCGCCAGCAUGGACGCCGACAAGCUGCGCGAGGUUGCUUCCGAGGGCGGCAAGGCGUCAUCUGGCUCGUUUGAGCCCGGCUCUGAGAAGGCGCGCGAGGCGGGACGCAAGGGCGGUCUCGCGGGUGGAUCGGACUGAGAUGUUGCUAUCGCACGGCAAUACCCAGUACCAUGGUUUCUUCAGUGUAACAGGACGAAGACUUUGCACCAAGUGUGUCGUGCCACUGGACCAGAGGCCGAAGCACAGCUGUACGAUAUUCGGAACACAAAAGGAUGGACAUGAGACAUGAUUGAUGGGCAAAAAAGAUAGGACUGCCUCUACGACAGGGUCUCUCCCUCCCCCAACGAAAUACCACAAUUGAGAUUCUAGGAUUCUAGACUUCUGACCAAAGACGUUGCUGUGUUGCCAUUGCAUUGCCCUGUCAGGCGUUUCGUCCCACUUCCGGGCCGUGAGCGGAUGGCUCCGAGGUUUUGCGUGCUUUCGGCGCCUCUCUUUUCUCACCUCGGACCCCCACCCAAUUCCCCCGGACCGUU